GGUUCUCAUUGGCAUGCACAUGGAUCAUUCGAGAAUGUGGUCAUCUUCGGUGAUUCUUAUAGCAAAUACUUCGAAGGCCGCACCUGGGUCGACUAUAUGCAGCAGAAAGUACAUCUCCAGGGCAGCCCGUUGAUCCACAACUUUGCCAUGCCCGGUGCCUUUGCAAAGCCCGAGGAUUGGACUCCGGAUCACCUUUUGGCUCAGAUGUCGCGUUUCUUCCAGGGUCUCUCAAAGGAAAAGGCUGUCGACAAAAUCCAGAUGGACCCGAGCAAAACCACGUAUUGUGCGACACAGUUUAUCCUACCUCCGCCUCUCCUGACAAGUCACGCGAACAGCGUUGAAGCUGUUUCUGAUGCACUCCACAGUCUUUAUGUCAAAGCCGGUGCUAGAAACUUCGUCCUCCUUGACGUUCCUCCCAUUGACCGCUCACCACAAGCUGUCAAUACCAGCUCUGUAGAAGAUAUGAGAAACUGCGUAGAAAUCUGGAACAGCCUGCUCCAGACACAUGCAACCCAGUUUGGCAUCACGUACAAGGAGGCGACAGUGCUUGUUUUUUCGUCGCAUCAAGUUCUAACUGGAGUACUUGAUGUUCCUUCGAAGUACGGGUUUAGUGACCACGAGCCGACGACCGAAUGUGGUGGUAUAUGGAUGGACGAUUUGCAUCUGACAUCAGAGGUACAUGAGAUCUUGGGGGAGCAGCUACUCGUGUCUGUACUUGGAUCGCAAAUUACCUGA